AUGCCUUCAAACAACGCUGCAUGGCUAGUCACGGCAAAGACGUCACCAUUCGAGGUCAAGGAAGCUCCCCUCCCUGAAGUUACACCAGGCCACAUCCUCGUCAAGAACUCAGCUGUCGCCAUCAACCCCGUCGACAUUGCAAACCAACACGUCGGUAUCUUCAUUGCUGAAUCGCAAUACCCCGUCAUCCUCGGUGAAGAUGUCGCAGGCACUGUGGAGUCAGUCGGCUCUGAUGUCACCAACUUCCAGCCUGGCGACAGAGUCCUGGGCUACGCUACUUCACUCGCCAGCAAAGACAAUGCAAACAGCGCUUUCCAGGAGUAUACAUUGAUUCGAGCCGACUGUGCCUCCAAGAUCCCCGAGGGUCUGUCAUUUGAGCAGGCUGCUGUUCUGCCCCUCUCUGUCGCUACCGCUGGGUGGGCUUUGUUUGGCGAUGCGACACUCAAGUUGAAGUUUCCCAGUCUCAACCCUGAGCCUACUGGUGAGACAGUCCUCAUCUGGGGCGGCGCUGCCAGUGUUGGUGGAACUGCAAUUCAGCUCGCCAAAGCAGCGGGUUACGAAGUCAUCACCACCGCAUCCACCAAGAACCAUGAAUACGUCAAGAGCCUCGGUGCCGACCACGUCUUUGAUUACAAGUCCCCUCAUGUUACAAAGGAUAUCUGCUCGCUUUUCAUGAGCAAGAAGCUUGCCGGCGCAUUGGAAGCCAGCGGCAGUGAAGAAGCCAUGAACAGUGCCAGCCAAUCCAUUGCCCACGGCGACGGUUUGCGCAAGGUUAUUUGUGUGCGCGGUCCUCAAUCGCAGCUGCCAGAGGUCAAGAUGCAGCCGAUCAUGUCAACAAGCAUCAUCGGAACACCAGUUUCAAAGGCUGUUUUCGGAGAUUACAUACCUGAGGCUUUGGAACAGGGCAAGUUCAAGGCGGUUCCGGAAGCGGAAGUUGUUGGAAAGGGCUUGGAGGCUGUUCAGUUGGGUAUUAAUACCUUGGCCAAGGGUGUUUCAGCAAAGAAGAUUGUUGUUAGUCUGUAG